AAGUGAAAAUCCAAAAUAUUUCUGGGUCGUUUUAAUCACCCAAAGUUUCAAGAUCCUAGCAAUGCCUCUGGUAACAUUCGACACCCCAUUCCUCAAAUCUUCUUCUUUCAGCUGCUUCCUUUAAGGCUCACCACAGUGGAUCAUCUGCCUUGAGAUCACACCAUCCCUAGAAUACCUGCAUGUACUCCUUUACUACAUCCAUGAACCUCCUCUGUGGCUUCUCUUUUUCUCCUGCCUCACAGAUCCAUAUUCAACACCUUUUCUCCAAUAUAUCCACUAUCCCUCAUCUGCAUAUUUCCAAAACAUCUCUAACCGUCUCCAAACUGCUCUAUCUGAAUUGUCCCUUUGAUGUACUUCUUUUUUUCUUAAAUCUCGGCAUUUUCUGAUCACUCCCAGUGAUCAGUGAUCAUCUCUACCUACUCUACCCUGUCUGCACUCUUUUUCACCUCUCUUGUCUGUUGCUUUGGAUGGUUAACAUCAGGUAUUUAAAUGUAUGUAUCUUCACUACCUCCUUGCAGCUUUAAUUACACCUAUUUCGCUCUCGUUCACAUACGUUUUCUGUUUUGGUUCUACUGACUUUUAUUCCUCAUCUCUCCAGACUUACUUCCAUCUGCUCCCAGCUCUCAAUACAGAUCACUAUGUCAUCUGCAAACAUCUUAGUCCAUGGAGACUCCUGCCUGAUCUCACCUGUCAACCUGUCCAUCAACACUGAGAAGAAGAAGGGGCUCAGAGCAGAUCUCCAAUGUAAUCCCAUCCCCACCUUAAACCCUUUCUCUUACUACACACCUCACUACUGUCUCUGUGUCCUUAUACAUUAUCCUGCACCAGCCUCACCUGACUUCCUCAUGCAGCACCACAGUUCCUCUCAUGGCACCCUAUCACAUGCUUUCUCGAAAUCCACAAAGACCGUGCAACUACUGAAGAUCAACGCACGAUCAAACCUACUGACGGUUUGAGCAACCAAAGAAGCUCGUCUUACUGACCCAGUCUGAUCUUCUGUGGUCACCGUUUCUGUUUUCUCGGGGAAAGAAGCAGACGGGUCAAAUACACCAGUGAAACCCGCAGAUCAGCGUUGAAAUGUCCCUGCCGAGGAUCACACACCUCCCCUCUGGGAGGCUGCUGAGCACCAUCCUCCACCAGCAGCCGCUUCUCCCCUCCAUCAUUCCUCUCACUGUGCCCAAAAGAGCUGUGAUCCAGGGUGAAUACAGACGACCCGGCCAGCCCAAAAAGACCAAGUUUGCCUGGCAAAAGAUUAACUUUAACUUCUCAAAAGGUUUGGAGGGGAUAAAGAAGCAUUUCACACUCCUGAAAAAGGAGUUUACUGACCGCUGGGUUGGCCCUGAGGGUAAACCGAUUGUUGAGCACAUGCUGGAGCAGAACAGAGUUGUAUGGGAGUUCAGAGGUCCAGAGAGCCUGAGGGAGUGGACGGUGUCCUCUGAUCGUGAGAUUGGAGGCCAUAGUGAAGCUUACCUGAAGCUUGGAAGGAACAAUAAUACCUGUUUUCUGUACGGGACACUGAGCUCUACUCCCCCACGAGAUGGAGAAACGCGCUACAGUGGAUACUGCACUAUGCGCUCAAAGCAGCCUCUGGCUUCCUUUGAUAGAAAAAAGCACCAUGAUUGGAGCAGUUUUAACACUCUGCAUUUACGUGUACGUGGUGAUGGUCGCCCAUGGAUGAUUAACGUCUCAGCAGAAACAUACUUCUCUCACCAGAAGGAUGACAUAUACUGUUAUUUCCUAUAUACCAGAGGAGGGCCCUACUGGCAGGAUGUUAAGAUACCUUUCUCUAAGUUCUUCCUUACACAUCGAGGGAGGGUACAAGAUGACCAGCAUCCUGUCUGGCUGGACAAGGUUAACACCAUUGGGUUUACUUUGGGAGACAAAGCUGAUGGCCCAUUCCAGCUUGAAAUUGAUUUCAUUGGUGUUUGCAAAGAUUAUGCACACACAGAGGAGUUUGCCUAUGAAGCAUACAAGAGGAACCCAGAAGUCUAAGAACGGUUAAUGCUGCA